AUGGACCCCAACCAACUACCUCAGGCCAGCGCAGGUCGCAAGAGGAAGGCCGAAGCGCAAAAGGAUAAUGAGCGCCUGUCCAAGAGACUGAGUCUUUUAAACAUAGAGCACGAUGGCACCAAGCUAUACGUACCCGUCGAGAGCCCGUUGCCCUCGCCUAACCCCCGGACGACCGACGGCGCCGCCGCCGACGAUACCAUGCACAUCGACGACAGCAAACAUAAAGUAUACAUUUACAACAUAGACGAGGAGCUCGCCGAAGACAGCGAGCCCGACGAGGCCAAGCUCGUCUUCCUCCCGGACAUCGAAAAGCGCCUGAGAGAAACGCGAAUACCGCCUCAGAUCCUAGCCAACAGCGAAGGCGAGCUGGCGGGCAUGCAGCUCGUGCUGUACAGCGACCCCAAGUCGCUGUCGGUGCCCGAGGCCAAGGAUGGCGUGCGCAAGGCCAUCAUCGAGACCCGGCGCCGGAUCCGUGCGCGCCAAGCCGGAGCCGAAGACGACGAGGUAGAUGGCAUCUCCGACCCAAUCGGCACAACUACAACGGAAACGAUGGGACAAAAUGCACACGAUGAUGUAGAGAUGAAUAUCGACUAG